GUCGCCCUUAACGUGAACCGGAAUAGUUUUGAACACCUGGAUUGUCUACCUUCCUACACGAUUUACUUCCAAUUAGGGAUAAUUUUAUUAAAGUGUAUUCAUCAAUGAGAAGAACAUGGACAUGGGUGAGAUCGAUCGAUUGAAAACUCGGUUUUCAGACACCCAUCGUCAAAUUACGGAAUCAAGAGAGAUGUGUGUAGAUAUAUUGAGACGUCUAAAUGAACUUCUGGAAAGGCCACACAUAUGCCCUUGCACAGAUGAAGUAUUACAGGCGAAAGAAGAAAUUGGUCGACUUCAGAUUAAAAUCCAACACCUUGAAGACACCCACACGGAGAAUGAACGGCGAUGCUCAGAACAGAAGACACAAGUUUCAGAGCUAAACAGUAGUUUGACAUUAUUACAAAAUGAUUUAACACGUUUAAAUAGUGCUGAUGAUUCUGUUGCGAACGAUGAAAAUGUGUCUGUUUUAGAAAAUAAGAGCAAAGGUGCUGCUAAUAUUUCUACUGAUAUUACAGUCCACACUAAAGAUGACACUGAACUAUUCAUAGAGAAUGAACGUAAUACCAUCCCAGGAAUCGUCUCUCAUCAAAGCAAAACACCUCUUAAUAUCCAAAAUGAAGGCGGCACAACACUUAGACAUGAAAAGAAAACUGCUAACACCAUGUCAAAAAUCAACCCGUUUGCAUCAGCAGAACACAAAAAUGAUCAGGUGUCAGGAAAUGAAAGGUCCAGCGAGGCUUCUACUCGAGGUAAAGUGGAAAUUGUUCGUCAAAGAUACCAGGGCCGCAAAUUAGGAAAGAUGGAGUGGGAUUACCUCAUGCGUCAAGAGAUGUUAGAAGGGGAAGCAUCUGGAAUUAAAGAUCUUGGAGGCGUCCAUAACGUUGUAUUGCUGGAUAUCUCUGAGAGUAUGGAAGAAACAUGGCCGCAUGUGGCAACUUUCUUCAACGAUUAUUUAUCCGGUUUAGAGGUUUUAGCAAGUCAAGGUCUGCAACAAGAACACGUUGCUUUAGUUACGUUCGGACAUGAAACCAAAGUACAACAAAGGCUGACGAACAAAUACAGAAGUUUGAAAACGGCGUUCAGCCGACUAAAGGUAGGCGGACCAUCGCCACUCACGGCAGGAAUAAUGAUGACGUUUGCGGCGGCUGGAUCGUCUAAUAAACAAGUCUGUGUUAUGAAUGGCAUGGUAGUGCCAACAAGGGUGAUUAUUAUCACGGAUGGCGAACCUACUGAUACAUCUCUGUACAUGGGACCCGAUGAAGCUACUCCUUCAAAAUUAGAUGAGAUCAGAAGUCAAGUGAUAAAUGAAAUGGAACAGGCAAGGAAGUUCAACUUAGAUGUUUUCUUUGUUCCAGUUGGUAAGGCUAACCGUGAGUUCAUCAACCUGAUGGCAGAAGUUGUUAAUGGAAAGGUGAUUUCACACCAGGAUGGCAAUCAGAUGUCAAAGAGAACGUUGCUGACGCGUCAGUGUGGUCCUCUUGGCGGUUUCAUGUUACCUUCACUCUCUUUGUCAGAAAGAGACAAGAGUGACAUAAAAGAAAUAAAACGGAAAUCGAUAUCCGUAGAAAAGUUAAUAAAAAACCCAAGUGACAAUCGUGAUUCUUACAAGGAGAAGUCGUACUGUGAUUUACCCGUCCAGGGGUCAAGAGUAAGAAGAGGCCCAGAUUGGCCUUACAAGGAGGACCACAGCCAAGGGCUGGCAGGGACGAUCGUUGGACAUUGCGAUGAUGGACAACGCGUGUGGGUGGACUGGGAUACACCGGGCUCCUACCUGUUCCACUAUCGCUACGGGCAAGGUGGUUCUUAUGAGGUCAUCUUAGUGGACGAACAACGGCGUCUUGACGUCGGUGAAAUUAUGGCCGUAGGCUGCCAUGUCAAACCAGGCCUGGGAUGGAAGAGUUCAAACACAGAUAUUGGCCUGCAAUGUGUCGGUGUUGUUUUGCGUCUUCACAUGACUGGUGCGGUCCCAAAGGCACUGGUACGUUGGGAGAAAGGUGCAAGGGGAGAAUACUCGUACAUGACAGGAAGUCUUUCGUUACCGGAAAUUCAACUUGUGAUUGAUGGCACACCAGCAAACAAACCACAGGAUUUAAAGCCUGUCAAUAAACAAGUUAGAAACAAAAACAAACAUUAGUAGCACCUGUGCGCAAAGAAGUUGUAGCCCUCCUGUGUCAAGACGGUCGUUAUACUCCUGUUUCAAAUAAUAUGUAGAUCUUCUGCGUCAAAGAACUAGUAAUACUGAGUAAUACAUAUGCGUCUUAAACUUGCUGUGUUGGAGCUUUAUUUGUCGCCCGGUUUCCAAAUGUUGAAAUGCAUACAAAUUUAUACCCUGUGUUGUCUCUUAUUUUUUAAAGUGCAAAAAGGAAAUUGUUGUCUCUCUAAUGGUGUUCAAUAAUCAUGUUAACACUUUGCAAUAACAUUAUCACAUGAUAAUUUCGGAUAAUCUUAUGUUCACUACCUCUUUAAGACCUAGUUUAAGGAAUGUUUAGCAUGAUAUUCCCUUGCCGUGCAUCUCCUGUUUAUUGUACUGUUGUCACAGUAGGGGCCAUUUAGAGUUGACAGUUUUAAAGUGGAUCAUCUCAUUGUCUCACUUAUACAUAAAAUAAUAUGCAUACCUUACGUAUUUAUUAAUUAUACCGUUUGGAAAUAAGUAGUCAACAAAUAAACGUGAUAGGUUUUUAGAUAGUUCUAUAACAUGUAUAUUUAAAUGCACUUUAAACACAUGGUCACCAUUGUUAUAUUUAAUUUGUGAAGCAACAUGGUUAAAUCAUAUUAAGGGGCUAUUCAUAUAAUAUAUGACAUUACUCUUAUUCUUAUUUCUAAGGCUUUAUGAUAAUAGUAUUAUAAUUAAUUAAAAAAAGCAACAACAACUAAAAGACAAAAUGUAUUGUCCAUUUCUAUAAUAAAACAUUUAGAUCUGCACCGCAUGACACUCUUGCUCAAGGUAAUACAAAUCAAUACAGAGAAAUUGUGAACUAUACACGGAUAAUAAUACUUAUAAUUAUCAUUAUUUUAUUUUUAUUUAUUUAUUUAUAUAUUUUUUUUUAUUAUU